GUUGAAAGGCGAAGCGAAAAUCUAGGAGGUAUAAGGCCUACCGAGUCGGCCGUUACCGGAUAUUAUUAUGUCGCUUGUCCUCUCCUGUGGCCAUCUGCCAAUUGCCGGCUGCUCCUUCCAAUUUCAAAUUCAAACUUCAAACCAAAACUUAACGUAACCAAAUUCAACCCCACGACGAAUCAAUCCUACAAUAUUCCUUCACGAUUUGACCCCUUAAAAUAUUUUCCAUCUCUGUUUCUUCUGAUCCUAACACCCAUAUAUAUAAAUCAUGAGGCAGCCAGCGUCCGAUCCUAAUAACAUCCCCGAAGCCAAACAGUCCACAACAUCCUCAGACUCAACCCUUGUGCCGCCCCUCUCUUCCGAUUACGCUCCGUACCCGAAAUUAGACCCCAAGGACGUCGCUCCUCCACCGGAGAAUUGGACUAACGUUUCCAUGGGUUCCCAGUCGCAGCCUAAUCAAGGGCCGGCGACGUUCUCUGGCAGCGCUGCUACCACCAUGCCGGCUGAGUCGAAUCCUUACGUUUCUCCUGCUCCGGUUCGAUCAUCUUCCGUCAAGAAUAAGAUGGGAGCAGUGAAAGAGGUGUUAGGGAAAUUGGGAAAGAAAGCGGCGGAGGAUACUAAGAAGGCAAAAGAGAUAGCUGGGAACAUGUGGCAACAUUUGAAAACUGGGCCAAGUUUUGCUGAUGCUGCUGUAGGAAGAAUUGCUCAGGGUACCAAAGUUCUUGCAGAAGGUGGUUAUGACAAGAUUUUUCGAACAACAUUUGAGACUGCUCCUGAGGAACAGCUUCUGAAGACUUAUGCAUGUUACUUGUCCACCUCGGCUGGUCCUGUUAUGGGAGUUUUAUAUUUGUCAAGUCAAAAGCUUGCUUUUUGUAGCGACAAUCCUCUGUCUUACCAAGUUGGUGCUCAGACUCAAUGGAGCUACUAUAAGGUGGCUAUUCCAUUACAUCAACUAAGGGCAGUGAAUCCAUCAACAAGCAAGGCAAACCCAGCUGAGAAAUACAUCCAGAUAAUAUCAGUUGACAACCAUGAAUUUUGGUUCAUGGGCUUUGUACACUAUGACAGUGCUGUUAAAAAUCUUCAACGACCAUUGCAGCCAGCCCGGAGCUCAUGAUGUUAAUAUAUUGAGCCAGAUUUGUCAGAGUUGAAAUAGCAUAGUCUAGCUUUACAUUUGCAUUUAUAUUCCGAUAUUCCUUUGUUUCUUAAACUCGUCAGUUGUUGGUGGAUAUGUUUUACUGAUGUCUGUAAGGUAUCGGCUUGUUGAAUGGUUUAAUACUAGAUGUGUGUUCAUUUAUACUAUUUUUUUUAAUAUAUACAUUACCUUUUACAAUACCAA